CACAACAGUGGUCGGCUUGGUACUGCUGCCAUAGCACGCUUCACUCCGAUUGUCUGCUUCUAACACCAACCACGAAUUUCUAGGCACAUUUCCCCUGCAGCAGGACUAUUUAGGUGUCAUAUUUCUGUUAUCGUAUGGUUACAUACUGCUGGCGUCCUGGCUUCGACUGAAAUUCACGGUCGCGCGACAACGUGGCUCGUCGCCGUAAAACUCUCUGGAGAUCGCGAUCAUGAGCGAUCUUGACAAGGCUAUUGCGCAAUUGCGCGCUUGCAGACCGAUUCCCGAGGCUCAAGUCCGAGAGCUUUGUCACCGUGCCCGAGAACUGCUGAUUGAAGAGGGCAACGUAGUCACAGUCUCAGCACCCGUAACGAUAUGCGGCGAUAUUCACGGCCAAUUCCAUGACCUAAUGGAGCUCUUCCGCGUCGGUGGUGAUGUGCCCGACACAAACUACCUCUUCAUGGGCGACUUUGUCGACCGCGGCUUCUACUCACUCGAAUCCUUCCUCCUCCUCCUCUGUCUCAAAGUACGAUACCCCGACCGCAUGACUCUGAUCCGCGGCAACCACGAAUCACGCCAAAUCACCACCGUGUACGGAUUCUACGACGAAUGUCUUCGCAAAUACGGCAGCGCCAACGUAUGGCGCUACUGCUGCGAUGUCUUUGACUACCUCGCCCUCGGUGCCAUUGUCCUCGGCGCCUCCAACACACUCUCGCCAAGCCAGGACGAGCCUGUCGAUGACACCACAGAGAUUGAAGUCUGCGACCAAAACGGCUCCAUCAUCAGCCGCUUCGCGCGGCAGCGCAACCAGCCUGGCGACGGCUCCCAAGAACAGCAGCAGCAAAGCCCCAAUGGCGCCAGCGGCAGCUCUGGCGACAAGACAGGUCCUCCGGGCUCCGGCGCAUCAGGCUCAAGUAGCGGCAGCGUGGGCAACCCCGCCGGCGCGGUGCUCUGCGUGCACGGCGGCCUGAGCCCGCUCAUUGACACCGUCGACAAGAUCCGCCUCAUCGACCGCAAGCAAGAGGUGCCUCACGAGGGCGCUAUGUGCGACCUGCUGUGGUCCGACCCCGACGACAUUGACGGCUGGGGCCUGUCGCCCCGCGGCGCAGGCUUCCUGUUUGGCGCCGACAUUGUCAAGGUCUUCAACCACCGCAACGAUCUCAGCUUGAUUGCGCGCGCUCACCAGCUUGUUAUGGAGGGCUUCAAGGAGAUGUUUGACAGCUCCAUUGUCACAGUGUGGUCGGCGCCCAACUACUGCUACCGGUGCGGCAACGUCGCCGCGGUGCUGGAGCUCUGCGAGGACGAGUCGGGCACGGGCGUCUUUGCGCGCAGCAACGGCGACGUCGGCCGCAGUGACGGAGGCGCCGCGGGUAGGGGCUUAUUGAUGGAAUCCGAGGACGGGCUUAGAAGCGGCCCAGCAAGACGGUACCGGGUCUUCCAGGCAGCGCCGCAGGAUUCCCGCGGAAUGCCGGCCAAGAAGCCCGUUGCUGACUACUUUUUGUAAAAUGAAAUGACACCUUCUCUGGCGGAGAUGAAAUUAUGUCUACAGCGGCGUUUACAGCGAGCUGGCUUACCACCGGCUUUUGCUUUUCUCUUUCUUUUGCAGUCCUUUUGGGCUCAUGCUGUGGGAAAUCCAUGGCUCGGCUUAGACUGGCGAAAAGGAAUCGUGUGAAAUACAGGAUUGACUUAGGGUACGGGGACAAAUUAGCAUGGAGUUUAUUCUUAUUUUUUUCUAUUACACUUUGUUUUGAAUCACUUUAAAAUUUACCUGGAAACUUUGACUUGGGAAAAAGUGAACGAUUGCACAGAUGUAGACGUUGUGGCCUGUGAAGAAAUAGAAGAAGAAAAGCUUUGAUUUUGUCUAUGCCGCGGAAAAUGAGGUAUAUGAAGAAGUGUCAACAGAACAGGUCAUAACAAAAAGCAUUGUAAAAGGCACCCUGUCAUCCGCCGUCGGUUACUCUAUGUAAAUUCUGGUCUGGCUUCCAGAAGAAUGUACUAACUUGGUCUCUGAAAGACUCGUCAUGAAAAAAAGGGAAAAGAGGCAAGAAAACUCGCAAAAGAAAACAGGCCAAUGGCCCAUAGCGUAGUGUACAAGAAGAGAAAUAUCCAGUCCAAGUCAGCGUACGCCCACCCGCGCGCUGAGGAUUGGACGCAGGCAUCAUAAGUAUCCUGGUGGGUGACUGAAGUUCCCACUUUGGUGUUGGGAGUAGAUUUCAGAGUUGUCGUUAUAAUUGCCAGCGGUAUGUGCGUUUGUGUGCAUGGAGGAGGUGGUAGCGAACACACGAUGGAGUUGUUGCGUGUAAGCCGCGGGUGGCUGUGUCGUGUACGCUCCAGUGCCGCUCUGCAUCGAGUUGGGGCCGCUAAACAUGCCAGCUGAAUACAUCUGGUUCUCGCUGCUGCUGAGAGAUGAUCCGUCCAACUGGGAAUCCUGCUGCUGGUUGUAGCUCGACGAAGUGUCGCCUGACAGGCUGUCCCACGAUGCUGAUGUUUGGAUGGUGGCGACGCUACCUGGCGAUGUGGAUGGCAUGAUCUGGCUAGGAAGCAUAAACGGCGAGCUAGAUUCCAAGCUUGCUAACCGCCGCGGUGCUAUAACUUGGUGUAGAGACUGUACUGUAGCACUUGGGUCGAGUUGGGUCGAGGAGGAUGGCUGUUGCUGUCGAUCAGGGCGCUGCAAGUAGCGUGCAAUGUACUCGUCACUGAAGCCGUGCUCGAGCAGCAAGUCUCGGAGUUUCUUGUUUUCUUCGGCAACCUUUCUGGCGGCAACUUGUACUUCUGCAGAUGCUUCUACACCCUGCAUUUCAAACAUCCGCAGGCGCUGCUCCAAUUCCUGUACAUAUUCCCGUUUGCGGGCCCUUGACCGUCUCUGAUUGUCUCUGAUGCGGGCCAGGUUUGCCUGGUGCUAAUUGUAUCUGUAAGCAAAAGGAGAUGCAUGUAUAUCAUUUGUAAGGGGGUUCACUUACCUCUGGUGUUGACAUUGUCUCGUGUUGGUGUGCCAAUAACAGACGACCAGCUGUUUUUGCGUCGUCUUCUCUGGUAGUGUAUUGGUUGUUGGGGUGUAGUAGUAGCGCAAAUGGGCGAGUGUCUGUUUCUUUUGUGUUUUGAGAACUUUGUGUACUAUGCUCGCUGCUAGUCAGGUAUAUCCCAAAGUCUUUUGGCUUUUUUUGGCAAUACUAUAUAGAGUUUUUGGAAGAGUGUUGUUGGCCAGAAAUCAGGCGAUACUAAGAAGCUCCGCUCCAAGUCGUCCGAGGUGGAUAAAUUCCAAGAACUAGAUUGCAACGUUCUCUUGUGAUUUUCUAGUCAGUGCUAGAUUUCGUCGAGUCAACCAAGAGGCUUGUCGAAGAAGACUUGCAAUCAACAGAAGCAAUAGCACAGGGCGCAAACGCCAAGAGCCAGUCGGCCGUUGGCGAUGAAACCAUGAAUAGGCCUGGUGGUGAUUGCCAGACGCCAGGCGGGGAACGGCGCUUCCGGGUUUGGGAUUCGGCAGGGGAUAAUGGAUCGCCGCAGAAGAUGAGCGUACCGGGUCUGGCUGUUCUUUUUUUGUAACUGAAUUUUUUUUUUAUGUCUUGUCUUUGGGGGCAGAUUGUGAUCUUCUGGUGCCGCUGACUGGAUGGUUGCGCCACGGGCUUAGAGAAAGGACGCUACUACAGGAACUCCCUACUAGCCGGGCUACGGGUAUGCCAACGCCAUCUAGCUCGCUGCUGGGUGUGUGUUCCUGAGAGAGAUGCUGUCGGGUCCGAUAAAAGCUGAAGGGUCUUUGCU